AUGACAACACCUCUCAUCGAGACUCCCCUCCUCACCCUCGCCCCAUCCACCAUCAACCCCGCAAUCCUCCACCUAACCCUCCACUCACCCCCCGUCAACUCCCUCACCGCUCCCCUCUGGCGCGCCAUCCUGGAUGCCCUCACGCUCGCCGAAUCAACCUCCUCCGCACACGCCCUCAUCAUCUCCUCCGCCCUCACCAAACCCGUCUUUUCGGCCGGAAAUGAUUUGCGGGAGUUGUAUGCGCCCAUGACGACAGAAGCGAGGUAUACCGAGUACUGGGUCCUGCAGAAUGAGUGUUUGGCUAGGUUGUAUGGGACGAGGUUGUUUGUCGUUGCGGCGGUUGGGGGAGCGUGUCCGGCGGGUGGGUGCGCGAUUGCGAUGUGUGCGGAUAGGAGGAUUGCGACGAGGGAUUUGUCGAUUGGGCUUAAUGAGGCUAUGCUCGGGAUUGCGGUGCCGGGGUUUUGGCAUAAGCUGAUGGAGACGCUCGUGGGGAGGAGGACUGCUGAACGCGUCUGUACGAUGGGAACGUUCAUGAAUGGGGACGAAGCACUCGCCUCGGGACUUGUCGACGAACUCGUCGCAUCACGUCCGCUUCUCCUCACCCGUGCGGAGGAAUUGUGCACCGCAGCCGUCGCCGUUCCCGCGACAGGCCGUGCAGGGACGAAGCAGAGUUUUAGGGGGGGGGUUGCGUGUGAGUGGGGGAGGAGGGAGAGGAUUUUGGCUGAGGCGAAGGGGAAUUGGAGGGAGCUUGAGAAAGGGGAGUUGCAGGGGGCGUUAGGGGGGGUUAUGAAGAAACUUGGGUUGAUUGGGAAGAAGAGUAAGAUUUGA